AUGAUAUUGCUAAAUGAAUAUAAUAGGGUGCUACGUUUUAAAUCAAAUUCGCGAUGCUCCUGGAUGCUUCCUAGAUUUAUUCACACUUCUGUUUCUAGAGUCAACACAAAGAUGCCACUUGUAAAAGCUGCGUGCCUGAUUAUUGGUGAUGAAGUACUCAAUGGGAAGAUCACAGAUACAAACUCAAGAUUUUUUGCGCAGUAUUGCUACGGGCUAGGGAUCCAGCUGAGAGAGAUCGUUACUAUUGGGGAUCAAAAAGACCAGAUCUCGCAGACUGUCAAGAGACUCAGCGCCGAAAACGACUUUAUUAUCACAUCUGGUGGUAUUGGUCCAACUCAUGACGACAUUACGUACGAGUCUAUAGCAAGCGGAUUCGACCUGCACUGCGAACUGGACCAGGAGUGCCAAGAUCGAAUGCGGAAAAUUUCGAAGCCCGAGCAAAGACAUGAUGCAGAAUCACUCAAAGAUUUUUACAGAAUGGCCACUUUGCCCAAGGGCCCUGAGGUCCACAACCAUUACGUUCUCGACGAGCUAUGGGUCCCCAUAGUCUCGAUCCGUAACAAAGUUUAUAUUUUGCCUGGGAUCCCACAGUUAUUUGAAAGACUGCUCCAUGCGUUUGAGCCCACUUUAAAACGCAUCUACCAGAUCAGCGAACAGAAUCCACACCUAUAUCAACGCUACUUUGUUAAGACCGCGAAGUCAGAAUCACAAAUUUCAGCAUUCUUGCGUGAACUUCAGGGCCGGUGCACCCCAGUAUCUCGUGAAAUCAAGAUUGGUUCUUAUCCCCAUUAUGGGAUGGGUUUUAAUACCGUUAGCAUUUUAGGCCUUAAAGAACACGAUCUUUUCCUAAAAGAAUUGGUAAAGGAGGCGGUACAAAGGUUGAAUGGAACUACAAUUACCGCUGAAAUGGAACAGAAGUACUCGGAUUCCAGAUUGUAG